AUGCGUUUUUGUGCUAAUAUAUCAACAUUAUUUAAUGAUAUACCAAAACUUACUGAACGAAAAGAUUAUCGAUUUGAUGCAAUUGAAUGUCAAAACCCAUAUGAUAUAUCUGUGAAUGAAUGGAAAGAGUUAAUAUCGAAUAAUAAAUCAUUAAAAUGGAUAUUAAUUAAUAGUUUACCACUUUUUAAUCAAACGAAUGAAAUACCAUCAUUUAUUGAAUAUCAACAAUUAGUUCUUAAUCGUACACUUGACUAUGCAAAAGCAUUAAAUGUUAAUAAAGUUCAUUUAGUUAUGACUGAUGCAAACAAUGAUUCUGAUCGAUGCAAGAUUAUUGAUCUUGUGUAUCAAGCAGCUGAAUUCUUUCAACCUCAUCGUAUUAUGUGUUUAAUUGAACCGCUUUCAAUACGAUUGAAUUAUUAUUUACAAUCAUAUUCAAUGGCUAUUGAUAUUGUUAAAUCAUCGAAAACUGAUAAUUUAAAAAUAAUGUUAGAUUCAUAUCAUUUACAACGAUUACAUGGAAAUCUAACUGAACGAGUUAAAGAAAUGAUUCCAUUUGUUGGACAUGUUCAAAUUUCGCAAACACCGAAUCGUGAUUGUCCAGUGAAUGAAGAUGGAGAAGUUAAUCAUCGAUAUUUUCUUUCGAAACUUAUCAAACCAUUUUAUCAAGAUUUUAUUGGACUUGAAUAUAAUGAUUCAAGUACUGCAUCAAUGACAUGGUUGAAUGAAUUUUCAAUAACAGAUUAA